GGAAGACACGCUCACUUCUGCUUCCACUUAGGCAACCUCGGCUGCUCUGACUGCCUGGCAGUCACAGGGCAGGGCCGCCGCCACGCCCGCGGCUGCUGGCCCGGGUGACACUUCCGCUUGCUAUAAGGGCAGCGGCCCUUGGUGCUUCCUGCCAGACCCCGCACCCAGCUCGGAGCCCGGAGCCUGGAGCCUGCCUCGGCGGCCUAUCGGUUUUCACCAUGGAGCAGCUGAGCUCAGCAAACACCCGCUUCGCCUUGGACCUGUUCCUGACGUUGAGUGAGAACAAUCCGGCUGGAAACAUCUUCAUCUCUCCCUUCAGCAUCUCAUCUGCUAUGGCCAUGGUUUUUCUGGGGACCAGAGGUAACACGGCAGCACAGCUGUCCAAGACUUUUCAUUUCAACACGGUUGAAGAGGUUCAUUCAAGAUUCCAGAGUCUGAACGCUGAUAUCAACAAACGUGGAGCGUCUUAUAUUCUGAAACUUGCUAAUAGAUUAUAUGGAGAGAAAACUUACAAUUUCCUCCCUGAGUUCUUGGCUUCGACUCAGAAAACAUAUGGUGCUGACCUGGCCAGUGUGGAUUUUCAGCAUGCCUCUGAAGACGCAAGGAAGACCAUAAACCAGUGGGUCAAAGGACAGACAGAAGGGAAAAUUCCGGAACUGUUGGCUUCGGGCAUGGUUGAUAACAUGACUAAACUCGUGCUAAUAAAUGCCAUCUAUUUCAAGGGAAACUGGCAGGAUAAAUUCAUGAAAGAAGCCACGACGGAUGCGCCAUUCAGAUUGAAUAAGAAAGACAGAAAAACUGUGAAAAUGAUGUAUCAGAAGAAAAAAUUUGCAUAUGGCUACAUCGAGGACCUUAAGUGCCGUGUGCUGGAACUGCCUUACCAAGGCAAGGAGCUCAGCAUGGUCAUCCUGCUGCCAGAUGACAUUGAGGACGAGUCCACGGGCCUGAAGAAGAUUGAGGAACAGUUGACUUUGGAAAAGCUGCAUGAGUGGACUAAACCUGAGAAUCUCGAUUUCAUUGAAGUUAAUGUCAGCUUGCCCAGGUUCAAACUGGAAGAGAGUUACACCCUCAACUCCCACCUCGCCCGCCUAGGUGUGCAGGAUCUCUUUAACAGUAGCAAGGCUGAUCUGUCUGGCAUGUCAGGAGCCAGAGAUAUUUUUAUAUCAAAAAUUGUCCACAAGUCAUUUGUGGAAGUGAAUGAAGAGGGAACAGAGGCAGCAGCUGCCACAGCAGGCAUCGCCACUUUCUGCAUGUUGAUGCCCGAGGAAAAUUUCACUGCCGACCAUCCAUUCCUUUUCUUUAUUCGGCACAAUUCCUCAGGUAGCAUCCUGUUCUUGGGCAGAUUUUCUUCCCCUUAGAAGAAAGAGACUGUAGCAAUACAAAAAUCAAGCUUAGUGCUUUAUUACCUGAGUUUUUAAUACAGCCAAUAUUUCUUAUAUCUUUACCAAUAAAACCACUAUCCAGAAACAAAUCUUUCAUUUUCUUUGUAAGUUUGGCUCUGUUGGCUGUUUACACCCAUGAAUUUUGGCACGGGUAUCUAUUUUUAUUUUUUUACAUUGAAAAAAUCCAGUGGUUGCUUUUGAAUGCAUCAAGUAAAGAAGAAGAAAGGAAUACAUCAGAUGUGUAGAUUCUUGACCAUGUAGUAAUCUAUAAAAUUGCUGUAUCCUCCUGAUAGCCAUGGGAAAACAUGAUAAGAUGGUCAUUUAUUUUGCAGUUAGAAUUUUAGAAGCCAUGAAAUAGACAGACACCCUGACUGUUGAAGGGAGGUUUAAGAACAGAUAUUCAAUUGAAAUAUAAGAGAGCACCCCAACUGAGAGCCCAGGUUAUGAAGAUAAACUUGCCUUGCCUGACGUUUCUGUCCGUUGUUCUGCAGAAUUAGUAUUCUGUUACAGCCCUCUAGUUUUUAGACUCUUCAAUUAAAGGGCCAAUGGUUAUAACCUGCA